UUAUCAGCAAACUGACUCACUUGGUCUGCCGUCAGUGUUCAAAAUGGCCGCGAAUAUUCUGUUGCCCUUAUGGAUAUUACUUAGCUGUGUAAUAGGUGCACUAGCUGAAACUUGCUACGGGGCGUACGAGUCAAUCACCUGUAUUUUCGGAUGUUGUGAGGACACAUUAUAUGUUUACUGUUGUUUGAGUAACGGAGCCGGCAUUGGUAUCAUCUGUGCAUGUCUGGCAGUUGUCCUGAGUUGCAUAGGAGCAUGCUGUCGACAAGCUCACAGAAGAAAUAACCUGAACCAGGCUACUGUGAUACAUAACACUCAGGCCGCUUCCGUUGCAGUGGUUACAAAUGCCGCAAAUCAGGGCGCCUACGGUAACCAACAGAUGUCACAAUACCCUCCCCCCGCCUACCCGGGACCCCCAACAACCCCACCCUACCCGGUUGCCCCUGCAGCCUAUCCCCCAAAGUACUGACACAUCGCGGAGGAGUGGUACAAUAUGCACAGAAUGUAUUAUUUGACAUACGUAUUAAAUGUUUCGUAAGAAUGGACGGAUUAAUAUUCAUCAUACAGCUUGUUUAUAUAUUUGUGGAUAUCAGAUCUAUCUGUUUGACAAGUACAUAACGUAAAAUGUAAUGCGCAACGGAUAUUAAAUAUUUUGUUGAACGAAUGGACGGAUUCAUAUUGUAUUUAUCAUACAGCAUGUUUAUAACUUUAUGGAUCUGAGAGCUAUCUGAUUGACAAGUAUAUAACACAUCCAGUGUGAUACGCAAAAUAUAUUAAAUAUUUUGUUGAAAAAAUUGAUGGAGUCGUAAUCAUCGUGUAACUGCACACUGAAAUGCUUUCCAUACGUGUAAUCGUUUAAUUAUGAAUUUAUGAUAAACGUUGCUUGGUAGGAUCUAAUAAUGUCUAAACACAGGGUUUGGUUGUUUUAGUGGAGGACUUUUCACAAUAAAAUGCAUUUUUAU